AUGGUUCGUGUGACUGGUACCGGCGGGUUCAUCGGGUCAUGGCUUGUGCUUAUACUUCUCAAGGGAUACAACGUUAGAGGAACAGUCCGAAACAUAGAGGAUCCGAAGAACUUGCACUUGAAAGGAUUGGAAGGAGCUGAGGAAAGACUGAUAUUGUACAAAGCUGAUGUGUUGGACUAUGAAAGCAUUUGUUUGGCAUUCGACGGUUGUGAUGGCAUCUUCCAUGUUGCUUCUCCGGUGACCAAUGAUCCGGAGAAGGUGAAAUUAGCGGUGGCAGGCACAAUGAAUGCAAUUAAUGCGGCAGCGAAAGCCGGUGUUCGUCGAUUUGUAUUCACUUCUUCAAUUGGAGCUGUUUACAUGAACCCUAACAGAAGCUCAGACACUGCUUUGGAUGAAAAUUGCUGGAGUGAUCUUGAUUACUGCAAGAAAACAGACAAUUGGUAUUGCUAUGCAAAAAUGGUGGCAGAGCUUGUGGCAGUGGACUUGGCCAAGAAAAGAGGGUUGGAUUUAAUUGUGGUCGUACCUCCAGUGAUAGUGGGACCAAUGUUACAACCCACACUAAAUGCAAGUUGCUUUAGGGUCCUCACAUAUAUGAGAGAGACCAAGAAGGCAUACCCUAAUGCAGUCAUGGCCCUAGUUGUUGUUAGAGAUGUUGCUCAAGCUCACGUGCUUGUUUAUGAAAACCCUAAUGCUUCUGGCAGAUAUUUUUGUAUAGCGACGGUGAUUCAUCGAGCUCAGUUUGUUGGAAUGCUUUCGGAGAUGUUUCCAGAAUAUAUCCCUGUUCCUUCUCAGUGUGAAGAUAAGGUAAACCCAAGGGCUAAGCCUUACAAAUUUUCAAACCAAAGACUCCAGGAACUUGGACUAGAGUAUACUCCAAUAAAGAAAAGCCUAUAUGAAACAGUGAAGAGCUUGAAAGAGAAUGGCCACCUCCCUCCUCCCCACGUCUUCUUUGCGCCAUCAAGAAUUACAGCUUCUCUUUAA